AUGUCUAGGCCGCCUUCGGUGUUGCCAUAUGUCCCCGGGCCAGCCUUCUCCCCACCCCACCUUCUUGCUUCCAUUGCCCAAGAGGGCCAAACGGCAUCCGCAUCGUUCCCGACCACCAGCAAGAAGAGGCCGGCAUCGAAUGCAGUCCGCGCGGGUCGACUGUCAGCGCCGAAGCGCAUAAGGACGAGCAAGGACGAAUGGAGCGAGUCCCAGCAGCCCCAAUCAGCAGCAGACCCACUUCGACUGCUCGAAUCCGCUCCGGAACACGAGAGCAAUGCCCUCACCAACCACACUUUUACAUCAAGCACCUCCAACUGCGAGGACAACGUCCUCGCAGUUGGAAAAGUCCCCGACACUGUAACCGUGUUGGGACGAGGGCCGCCACCGUCGCGGCCAGCAAAAAGAACUCGGCAGGGGAACAAAAAGAAGACACCGUAUCUGAGCACCGAGUUCAACUGCCACAUCUGCAAGACCGGCUUCGUUAGGCUGCCCGAAUUGGAGCGCCACAACGGGACCGCAGGGCAUGCAGAGCAAGCCCGCCAGGAAGGCAUUGAGGUGGUCAUCGAGGUCAAUGACUCGUUGAGGUGCCCAGUACCGCGCUGUAAGAUCGUCAAGCCGUACAGCCGGCGGGACGCGCUCAUGCGGCACAUGCGCGAGAAACACCCUAGAGUCCCGAUUCCCCGAACCUGA